CCACCUGUAGCCGGCGGGGCGGCUGUUGGCUGAAAGAACUGGUCUGCUCACCCUCCUUGCUGGCGCUGGCUUUGUCUCUUCCCUGCCCAGGGCCGGUGUGACCUCAGGCCUUGAGAUCCCUCUCAAGCCGCCCCGAUCGAUCGCCAGAGCCCAGCGGAGACGCACGCGGAGCCAUGGCUUCUAUGGGACUGCAGGUGAUGGGGAUCGCCCUGGCCGUGCUGGGCUGGCUGGGCUCCAUGCUGUGCUGCGCCAUGCCCAUGUGGCGGGUGACGGCCUUCAUCGGCAGCAACAUCGUCACCUCGCAGGUCAUCUGGGAAGGGCUGUGGAUGAACUGUGUGGUGCAGAGCACGGGGCAGAUGCAGUGCAAGGUGUACGACUCGCUGCUGGCGCUGCCGCAGGACCUGCAGGCGGCCCGCGCGCUCACCAUCAUCUGCAUUAUCGUGGCCGCCCUGGGCGUGCUGCUGUCCGUGGUCGGGGGCAAGUGCACCAACUGCGUGGAGGAUGAGACGGCCAAGGCCAAGACCAUGAUCGUGGCAGGCGUGGUGUUCCUGCUGGCCGGCCUGCUGGUGAUGGUGCCCGUGUCGUGGACGGCCCACAACGUCAUCCGGGACUUCUACAAUCCGCUCGUGGCGAACGGGCAGAAGCGCGAGAUGGGCGCCUCCCUCUACAUCGGCUGGGCGGCCUCCGGCCUGCUGCUGCUCGGCGGGGCUCUGCUGUGCUGUAACUGCCCGCCGCGCAACGACAAACCCUACUCGGCCAAGUACUCGGCUGCCCGCUCCGCCCCGGCCAGCAACUACGUGUGAGGCGCCGGCGCUCGACUGUGUCCCUCCUGGCUGGGAUUGUCCAUCGGAGCUCGGCAUGGUCUGGGACCCAGGAGGAGGCCCGUGGCCAGCAGCCCUCAACCCCGCCUCGCCCCACUUGGACAGCUUCCCAAGGACGGAUGGCAGAGAGACACCGUGCCCCGCUCCUCUGAAUGGCUCCCGGAGGCAGGCGACAGAGCAGGGAGCUGGUCCUGCUGGCCAGGCCAGCCCAGCCCUGACCUUGAACUGUGUUUCAGAGUGGGUGCCCACUCAUGCCAGUGUAGCCGCUCUAGCCUUUGCCCAGCUCCGUCUGCCCACACCCUCUGCCUGCACGUUCCAUGACUCCAGCGCCUGUCUUGCCACCGUCUCCCUGGCUCCUGGCCCUGCCAGCUGCAUGAACUUGGGGGAUCCACGCUUGAGCCAUACCUGCCCUGCCCGAGAAUGGCGCCGAGGAGCACAGAGUGGACAGACUGGUUUGGAGGGGAGGAGUGGAGGUGGGACAAACUGGUUUGGGCAGGAAGGCUGGAGAACCCCUCCACCCUCCCCAGUCAAGGACACUGGCCAGCCCGGCGUGUGUAUGUUGGGGGCAGGGGCUCUCCCUCGAUGUCUCUGUUUUGUAAUUUAAGAAGUGCUAUUCGUCACUGUAAUUAUUAUUAUUUUCUACAAUAAACGGGACCUGUGUACAGGAA